AUGCGUUUUUCUGCAAUCAUUGGGCUACUGUCCACCCUUUCGGUUGUUUUGGCUUAUGAUCAUAAACCAGACCAUCGAUAUCAUGAUACGCACAAGCGGUCUUCGGAUAACGAAAACCCCAAGUAUGAUUAUGUGGUUGUUGGCUCUGGCGCUGGAGGUGGCCCUGUAGCAGCACGGUUGGCAAUUGCAGGGUACAAGGUGCUUCUUCUAGAAGCAGGAGAUGACCAGGGAAAUGCGACCAAGCAAAUCGUCCCCGCUCUACAGCUCCAAUCUACUGAAUACGAGCCGAUGAGAUGGGAUUAUUUCGUGAAUCACUACUCGAACCUGACUCGUCAGAAAGAAGACACCAAGAUGACUUACCGGACACCUUCCGGUGACCUCCAUGUUGGAAGCCAUGCGCCCAAUGGCUCCGAACCCUUGGGGAUUUUAUACCCUCGAGCAGGUACUUUGGGUGGAUGCUCCGCUCACAAUGCCAUGAUCACCAUCUACCCGUAUGAGAAUGACUGGGAGCAACUGGCAAGUCUCACUGGCAAUGAGUCAUGGUCUGCCUCAAAUAUGCGACAAUACUUCAAGAGACUAGAGCGCAACCGCUAUCUUCCCAGCAGCCUACUAGGCCACGGAUUUGACGGAUGGCUUACAACGAGUCUUACAGACUUGCGCCUUGUCAUUGAAGACCAAAAGCUUCUGUCCUUGAUCCUGGCCGGUGCGACCGCCGCGGGUCAAACACUGUUGGGUAAACUGAUCACCACGGUCGCGGGUCUUGCAGGAAUUCUGCUGCGUGACCUGAACAAUCCCCUUCCCUCGCGCGACUACGAGGAGGGCCCAUACCAAGUGCCUCUCGCUGUGGAUGUUCCUGAGUAUAAGCGGACAGGUCCUCGAGAGUUCCUCAUGAAGACGGUCAAUGCUGUGAACUCGGAUGGUUCGCGAAAAUAUCACCUUGAUAUCCAGCUGAACACCCUGGUCACCAAACUCCGGUUCGAUACCACCGGAGCUAAGCCACGGGCUACCGGGGUUGACUACCUUCGGGGACAGAGCCUCUACCGCGCAGACCCCCGGGCUUCUCAGACAACGUCUGACGGGACACCAGGUAGCGUGAGUGCUGCUCGUGAAGUGAUCCUAUCUGCAGGCUCGUUUAACACUCCCCAGCUACUGAAGCUAAGUGGUAUUGGCCCAAAGGAGGAGUUAUCCAAGCUUGGAAUUUCAACCCUGGUGAAUCUCCCCGGCGUCGGUCGUAACCUUCAGGACCGGUACGAGAUGGGUACAGUGGGAAAGUCACCCACCGAUUUCGUCCUCACAUCCAAGUGUACCUUUAUGUAUUCCCUUCCCGAUCCUUGUCUGGAGCAGUAUGAAAACAAUCCCUUGUUCAAGGGCACCUAUACCACCAAUGGAAUUGCCAUAGCCAUCAUUCGCAAGUCGUCUGUCGCAGAGGAUGAGCCCGACCUACUGAUCUCAGGAGCACCGGUCAACUUUCCCGGUUAUUAUCCCAACUAUUCUUACGAAGGGCUCAAGGAUUCCCAGCACUGGACCUGGAUCACGUUGAAAUCACGCUCCCGCAACAAUGCCGGCACGGUUGAGCUGCGAUCUACUGACCCACGUGAUAUGCCCCUUAUCAACUUCCACUCGUUCGAUACCGGAGUGACCACAGAUGGUGCAGAUGACAAGGACUUGCAGGCUGUGUAUGAAGCAAUGCAAUUCUCCCGCACGAUCUUUGAUGAUCUUAUUCCCCUCGAUGGCGGAUUUGAAGAGGUCUGGCCGGGACCUAAUGUCACUAGCGAGAGUGAGAUGAAAGACUUCAUUAAGCAAGAGGCAUGGGGCCACCAUGCUUGCUGCACCGCUGCUAUUGGAGAGGAUGGAGAUCCUCAGGCUGUGUUGGAUGCUGACUUCCGUGUUCGGGGGGUUGAUGGGCUGCGUGUUGUGGAUGCUUCCGUCUUUCCCAAGAUUCCGGGGUACUAUAUCGCCCUACCAAUUUACAUGAUUAGUGAGAAGGCUGCUGAGGUUAUCAUUGCCGAUGCUGUAUAA